CCACUAUUGACCCUUCAUGAUCCUCCAAGAAAUAAUAUAUCUAGACCGCGUCUGCUCGAUACUUUCAGCAUCAUCACAACAUCAACUCUAUUACACACGAGCUCGAAACCAAUCUUCGAUCAAGAUGCAUACCAGUUUAGUAUCAUUUACUGCCAUCACCAUCUUCAGUUGCGUCUAUGCAGCUCCAGUCCCCCAAGAUGCACAAGCAAGCAAUACAACCAUGGUAGCCGCCGCCGCCGCCUCCACAGCCGCGCAAAUAGCAGACGCCUCAAAUCUUAUCAACGGGCUCCUCGCUGGACUCGGCAUGGUUCCUAUCAUUGGACAAAGCGUCACCGCCAUUUCCGGCGUUCUGACCGACUUCGAAGGCGUUCUCACCAAAACUCUGAACGUCGACGUAACCGAGAACGGGGUCUCCGGAUACAAAGACAUGAGAGUGGUAUUCGCUCGCGGGACAACAGAACCUGGGAACGUUGGACUCGUUACUGGUCCACCGUUCUUUGAUGCGAUAACCUCUAUCAUCGGUGCCAAGUCAAUGGAGGUUCAGGGCGUGGAGUAUCCAGCUAGUAUUGAGGGAUUCUUGCAGGGCGGAGAUGCGACGGGUAGUCAGACGAUGGCAACCAUGAUAAUGAAUACACUGAAGACAUGUCCCAACACCAAAGUUGUCAUGAGCGGAUACUCCCAAGGCGGACAGCUCGUCCACAAUGCCGCGAAGCUGCUACCCGCAAGCACGAUGGCAAAAGUCAGCUCCGUUGUGAUCUUCGGGGACCCAGAUUUCGGGCAAGCUGUGACUGGUGCUGCUUCCUCGAGGACAAAGGUCAUCUGCCAUCCAGACGAUAAUAUCUGCCAGCAUGGGGACCUCAUAUUGCUUGCACAUCUUACGUACUCAAUGAAUGCAACAGAAGCGGCGACGUUUGUUGCUACU